CAGCAGAGACAUUCCUGAGAGCUCUGGGUCUCCUCCUAAAAGUCUUGUCUUCCCAUCAUCAGGCACCAUGAUCUCCCUGCCUGUCCUCUCCAUCUUUCUCAUUUCCAUUUCUGGAGUCUUUUCUGAACCUUUAGCAGAGUCCUCCUCAGCAAUAUGCUGUUUCAGUACCAUUCAGAAGCGCAUUCCCCAAAAAUUCGUGGUGGACUAUGUUGAUACCAGCCCGCAGUGCCCAAACCCAGGGGUCAUUUUCAUCACCAGGAGGGACUACAGGAUCUGUGCCAACCCCCAGGACCAGUGGGUGCAGGAAUAUGUGGCUUACCUAUUAAGAGGAAGAGUCUGAGGAAGAUGAAGAUGUUCACAUUUAUCCAUGGGAAGAAUAGAUGUGAUUUCAAAAAUAAAACUAUCUUACACUUAUUGGAACCCUGGUAAUCAAAAUAAACAUUCAUUGGUGUUUCGUCUAUUAUAUACAUCACCUAUUUACAUCAUCUAUAGCUCUCAAUUC